AUGUCAUCACCUGCCAACCACGCAUCUCGGCCUCCUCCGGCUCAGCCUCCACCUCAGCCCGGCGCAUCGGGGGCCGGAUCCGCUGCGCCUCCGGCCCCAAGCUUCACCGCGCGCCGGGCCCUUCCGGACCGCAAUGUCUCGGAACAAUCGGUCGAGGAUGCUUACGUUGACUUCGUCCUCUUCUGCAACCCCGCCGUCCCGCUCGACGCGGACACGGCCAGCCUGCGCGAGGCCUUCCGCAACCCGCCUCGCAGCGGCGGCAAGUCCUUCUGCACCUUUGCCAUAUACGACCUGGUCCGCAAGUUCUACAACAGCGAGAUCCGGACGUGGACUGAGUUGACGACCAAGCUCGGCGUUGAGCCGCCGGAUCCUAACAAAGAGGAGAGUGCCCAGAAGGUUGCACAGUAUGGCGUGAGGUUGAAGAAAUGGAUGAAUUCCAUGCACGUAAAGGCCUUUUUUGAGUAUCUUAUGGACAUUCCUAACGAUUACUGGACAAACAUCCCGACUGGUAGCAACCCCACGAGCCAGGCUAUUCGUGAUGGCGUGGCUCUUGAGGAUGACAUGGCCCUGAGGGCACUUUUCCCACACAUACGCCCAAAGAGAGGUAGAAAAAGACCCGUCGACGAUGACACAGCCACAUACAAUUCUAUCUCUCCUGCUCCCACCCAGAGAUCUCACCUCGCCCCGUUGUCAGCUCUUGAAGGCGUAAGCACUCCCAUGUCAGCAGAUCCGUCGAGGCUAAGUGGUGCACCAUGGACUCCGAGUGACGGUGCUCAACAAACGCCGCUGUUUCGAUGGCCACAGUCUGCAGUUACACCAAACUCUCGGAAAUCUUUCUGGGACGAUGCUCUCGAGCCGCAAUCUGCUGUGACGCCCUCGAAGCCGAGACUCGCAGCGCAGCGCAGAGGCCCGAAGAAUGUGUCUUCAGCCUGGAGACCAGGAGUUGCCAACGGCGGCGUCAAACCAAGAGGACGGCCGCCGAUGAACCGCACUCCUAUAGAUGCUUCUUUACCUUUGUUUUCCGUCAAGGUUACUCCGUCGGCCCCUGAGGAGCACACCACCCCUAUAAAUACUCCGCCAGCCUUGUUGCCUCCUAGAUCAGAUAGUGGCCCUUCAGAGGAUGCUAUCUCGAUCCCUUCAAUCGUGACACAGCCGCAAUCUGCCCCAUCACGAGCUCCUCGACCAAGUAUAUCUCUACAGGUUCCCGACCGGCCGGGUGGUAGCGUGAGACUUGCAACUCCCCCUCUUCCUCCUCCAGCCGUGUUACUCAACGGACAACAUAGCGAUCCGCAACCUCAACUACACAUAUCAUACUACGGCACAACUUCAAGCUUCACCAUAGGUGCAGACGAACCAGGGACUCCGAGCCAGCAGCAGGUCGAAGAGCCCAUGUCGCAACAAAAGGGUGUCCCGCCACUGUUUUUCGAGAGACUCGAAGAUCGAACAAACAUAGAUGAACUUCUCGGCUACUUGAUGCGUAACUGUCUCACGAGUAAUUGGUUCGAUGCCGAGGGGAACCCAACUCACACAUCCUCUACAAACGAAGCCAUGGCACUUGUCAACGCGAUCCUCGGAGACAUGUACAAGGCAGCCCCGUCACCAGAGACGUUCCUGAUAAACCUGGCGGCCAUGACGGGAGGCGGGUACCUCUUGUCCGGGGACCUGACGUUCAGGCGUCUAGGUGUGCACGGCAGUGCAAGAAAGUACAUUUGCGAAUGGGAGUACAGGCUAGGACACAUCAAGGGACAGUACCAGAUGGAGGCUAUGGUGCCUUUGGAGACGCUCGACGAGACGGAUACCAGCCCUGGGCCGACGGCUGAGGAGCCAGGAGCGAAGCUGUCUGCGGAGGAGUGGCAGGCGAAAUACGAGAAUCUGCUAAUGGAAAUGGAUAGGAGGGACAAGAGCUUUGUGGAUCUGGGUGCCAGGGUGAGGCAUAGGUUGAACUGGCCACCCAAGAAGUGA